UGAAACAGCCGCAUUGAAUUGCACUGAAUCAACAGGUAGAUCGGCAGAUCGGUAUGCGUGGGACGACGUCGUAUGUGCAUUCUCUCGUCGUGGCGCCGGGAUUCGACGUGGUCCCCUGCGAAAGAUGCAGCGCGCGAACGAGCGCAAAACGCUACAACGACGACGACGAUUCUUAGAGAACGGCAAACGACAACCGAGAUCAGUUUAGUAGCGGCAGCGGGAGGAGGGAGCGGCGCUCCAGGUGGAAACGCGCGUUCUCUAAACGUGUGCUCUGCGGCGAAUUCCGCGCAUACCAACGCCGCUGAUCCAGCUUCCCCGCGAGCGGCAGUGGCGGCGACGGCGGCGACUGCGGCGGCAGCGUCCGGAUCGGGAGAGUGAUUUUUGUGAUCGCCGCUCUCGUCAAUGACACGCGCGGAAUGCGCUGAGCGAGCGCGCGAUCCCACGCUGCGCUAUACGCGCCGCCGACAUUGUUGCGCGUCUCAUUGCGCUGGCCUUUAAAAAUCAUUCGUACGCGUCCCGACGCGUCAGUGAAAUUGCCGUGGGUGCAUUUUUGAAUGCGGCGCAGGGCAAACGCGAAUCUCGCGACGUCGCGGGAGCGACGUUUCUCAGUUUGACCCCGGCGCAUAACGGACAGAUGAGUUCGCCUGUGACAUCGUGACUUAUUUAUAGCUGUCUCAGCUCAAAAUUCCUAUUGGAAGAAGGGAAUAGAUAGUGAUAAAAGUGAAAUAAAAAAUUGUUAAAUAUUCCAAAUGGGCAAUAAAAGCCCAUUAUGGCCCAGUGUCAUCAAUCACAACAUCAGCACGAAUUUUUACCCCUGUGUGACGUAUUAUUUAACAUUAUUUCGUUAGCAUCCUAUUUCUGCGAUGUUGUCUUUGAUUUUGCUAUGAUAUAUGCUCUUGCCCAUCAAGCGAUAGCACCCAUAUUAUUUCCAUUAAGCAUUACUUUUGUAGCAACUUCUCUGUUGAUUUCUCAGAUUGUUAGUUUGCGAUGGUAUCUUUGGGGAGCUAGAGGUAAACUAACAAACAAUAACGCAGACGAUUGUCACAUAAAUGCAGUGAAGAGAAUUGGCAAUUGGACUGUAGGCUGUGUUCUUUUACUCCACUCUACGCAAGUUGGUGUAUUAUGGAGAUAUUUCAAGUUAUUUAUCCCAGUCAAUUUAACUUAUGUGAAACACGAAGUGCGAGAGCUGUGCGUAUUACGGCUGAUACACGCGUUUUGUGAGGCCGCUCCAAUGCUACUUUUGCAGCUGUACGUCCUAUUUGGCGCUACCGAUGGUAGUGAAAUAGAAGCUGAGAAGCCGAAAGAAGGCGAAGGCAAAGACAGUAGUAAAUUAGCGAAGCUAACGCUAGUGUCGGCAGGACUCUCCCUGUGGAGCGUAUGCUGGGCGGUAGCCAGUUUCAGCAAGGGUGCUGCGCGUCUACGUAAUCUAGAACGUUUAGUGCUAACAUGGUUGGGAGUGCUAGCGCAAUUAUUUUGGCGUCUGGGGACAGUGAGUGCUCGUGUCGGAGCACUGGUCGCGUAUGCUUCGCUGUACGGUGGACAAUGGCUGUUGAUCGUGAUGGCUCUCCACUGGUUAUCUAUGUUAACAUGGUUACUACUCACACCGGAUGGACUCUUCCACGGUAGCGAACGUCUGCCUCUUCUUAGGAAGAGUUUUCUCGCUUCUCUUCUUGCCUUUGUAUAUAUAUUCGCAUAUGUUAAUCUACACGAGACGAAUCAUCGUCAAAAAAUGGUGAUAUUUUACACUGUAAUGUUCUUGGAAAACAGUUUACUUAUUGGCGUAUGGAUAGCUGGUGUUAAUCGUGCUGAUCUUUUGCCUCAUCAGCAUCAUCUACAUCCAGUUACUCUAGUAUUUGUUCUAUUAGCUUUAUUUUUUGGUGGCAUGUUUUUUAUGGGUCUUUAUUACAGAUUUUUUCACGUGAGAAGAUUGAGGUAUGAAGCUGGUGGACGAAUGACUGGUUCGAAUCUUACUACAUUAUCCAAUCAGGAUAAUGCAGAAGAGAAACAAAUAGAUUAUAAUGAGGAGAAAAAGGUCGAUAUUAGCAUUGGUAUGAGAAAAGUUAAAUUAAGCAACGGCGGUAUACCGGGCGUAUUCAAUUGCCGUUUCGCGAAUCCAACAGUUGUAAAUCCGAAUCGCAAAAAGAAGAAACCAACCAGCUUUGUACCACCGCCACCACCGCAAUCACAAACAGGCACAAUGAUCAAUUCUGUAGCGGCGAUAAACGAUUCAAAACAGUGGCUUAAUAUGGGGAACGGAUCACGGCAAUUGAUUCCAUUUUGGAAGAAGCCUAUAUCUUCUAAUGUAGUACAGAAUGAUAGUCCCAACGAACGCAAAGAUGAGACUGAUAUGGCAAUCGGUGGCUCGUUGAAUGUAACAUUAAUACGAGAAAAACUGAAGGAAAAAAAGCAACAGCAAUUGCGUGAACUACGAGCCAUACAAGAAGAGAUCAAGGAAGGUAAACUGUUCCCACCUCCGUCCGCUUCUACAUCCUCUUUUUCAUCCUCCCCUUCCGCAUCUAAUCAGCAACCACCACCAAAUACAAAAUUGCAUACAUCUCCAAGUUCCCCGUUAUUUACAUCUCCGUCGUCAUUCACUGAGCAGAAUGGCGGCGGUGCGUUAUCGUCCUGGCCGCCCGUGAAAAUGCAUUGCCUCUUACCUCCACCUUCUUCCUCAUACUAUCCUAACUCGCAUCUCUCGAAUCCGUGGAGAGCGGCGCCACAGCGAGAACGAGCGGAUACGCCAGAGAUAUUACUAGCACCGCGAUGUCUUCCGCAUCAUUAUCCUCAUUGGUCACCACCUGGACAUCUUAGUCACAGAUUGCAUGCGAAUCAGAAUGGCAUCGAAGAAAAUUCCAAAGGCGAAGGCGAAGGAGAGGCGGAAAUUAGUGACAUGGAGGGUAGUCAAGUCUCAUUACCUAGAAGCUACACACUUCCUCGCGAGUUUAAGUAUAAUCCUAACAGCGCGAGAGAACGAGAACGUCGUGCGGGAAAUAAUAAAAUAUCCUCUUCUCGUUUUUACUUGCCGUCCACUAAUAGUUCCGAUGGCGAUGUAGAUAGCGCUGAUAAUGAAGAUGAGACAGAUUCAGAAGCACAAAUGCAAACAAAAGUUAAUCACGGUCAUAAUUACGACGAAAUCUUACAAAGGCGUCACGCAUAUGAAAAUAACGAAGGAAAUGAUGUCACUGAUCCUAACAGUACUGUGUCUAAUGUUACAUUUAACAAUUGUUAUCUAAAUAAUUCUCACAGUGCUCUACGACCAAGUCAAUUACUCAGAACACGAGUGAAACACGAAACGAAACUUUAAGUUAUGUUGUAAUGUUAAUUGUAAAUCUUGUUAUGCGUAUAGUGUUCAAAAAUCUCUUUCAGAAUCUUUUUUCUUAAAUAUUAAGAGUAUAAAGCCGUUGACCUCGCAAAUUAACGACGAUAUAUUUAAAAACAAAGUAUAUAUAAUACAUGAACAUGCGAAAGUAUAUUAUAUUUUUAUAGUGAGAGUGUGUUGACAUGCAUUACUCACGUACGAUUUAAUUUAAUUUAAUUCUUAUUUUAUUGUAAUGUUUUGCAUACAAUUAUAUAAAUGAGACAU